AUGGUGUGGGAGGAACUUGAAGAGGACCAAGUCCAACAUAUCGAGCAAAGAGCAUGCACAGUCCAGGACUUCAUUCCGAUGCUCAAGGAAUUCAAGAAUCUCAAGCAGCUGGUCAUCACCGACGAGCAGAUGGCAAGAUCCGAAGUGAUGGACCUGCCUGAUGUUGAGGAAAGAGCGGCUAAUGCUCAUGAUGAAGUGACCCGGCUCUCCAAACUGGUGUUGAAUAUGCCAGAGGUGACGACCCGGGAGGCCAACAACCAAAGCUGGUGCGGAGCUUCCAUAACAAGUGGUUUGACACAUUGA